GUAUCACCAAACCAGUCAUCGUCAGCGUCGUCCACGUCAGAGCCAGCGGCGCAGCAGCAGCACCAGCAGCCGCCGGUUCGACCGCUCACAGCUAAUGAGGAAAAAGCAGCGAAAAUUCGAGAAGCCCUGGAGAAGAUGCGUGAAGCAGAUAUCAAGAAAAUUUACGUGAAAUUUUUUGUGGAUGACGGUUCAUCAACUGUUUCGUUGCUUGUCGAUGAAAGGUGGACGGUGGCCGAAUGUAUUCGACGGAUUGCAGCCAAACUCAAUGUUCCGCUCAGCGAACAUCAUACUAUUGUCGAGGAGUAUCCUGAACUUUACAUCAGUACGUUCACUUGUUUCUGUAGUCACGAAAAAAAAAAUGCCCAGCUUAGCCAGGCCUUGCACUUGACUUCGUCUCGGUAUAAAGCUCUUGUCUUAUUUAAAAAAAAAAUUGUUUUUUGUGGGUUUUUUGCCUUGUUCAGUUAUCAGCUCAGUUUCUUUAAACACAUUUUGAUAGAGUUUAAAUAUAACUGUAAAUACAAAUAUAACUGUAAAUAUGAAUAUAACUAA